ACUCCAAAGCAAAUUGAAAUGACGGGUCGUGGUGAAUGAUGGUGAAUGUGGGUUAUUUUAUCUUCAGCGUUUUAGUCUCAUAGGCUUGUGUAUAUGAAUAAACAAAGAAACUUUGAGACGUUUUUUAAAUGAGUUUCAUUAAAUCAAGUUUAGUGCCCGUAUGCACUUCUUACUUUAUUUUGAUAUUAGUAAUGUGUCAAUCUUCAUCAACAAAUGGUGUUAUAGAUCAGUGAACAGUAGUCAUGUGAAGAAGGUUAUGACUAAAACUCGGAAAUUAAAUUGGAAAUUUGGUGUGCAACUUGUGUUUGUGUACUGUGCGAGUGUCUAAUUAUUGGGUGAUAUAGGCGCUUAUUCAGUCUCAAAAUGGCGGACCUAGAGGCUGUACUGGCCGACGUCAGCUACUUGAUGGCAAUGGAGAAGUCGAAAUGUACUCCUGCAGCACGGGCCAGCAAAAAGAUAGUCUUACCUGACCCAAGUGUCCGUAGCGUGAUGCACAAAUACAUGGAGAAGAAAAACGAGGUUAAUUUCGACAAAAUAUUCAAUCAAGUCCUAGGUUAUUUAUUAUUUAAGGAAUUUUGCGAACAGACGUCUGACGAACCAGUGCCACAAUUAAAAUUCUAUGAAGAGAUAAAGUUAUACGAGAAACAGGAGUGCGUCGAGGAGAGACGAAGAAUCGCGAGGGAUAUAUACGACAAUUUUAUAAUGAAAGAACUUUUAGCACACUCGCAUGAUUAUUCCAAAGAAUGUGUAGCUCACGUUCAAAAAUAUUUAAUGAAACACGAAGUACCGCCAAAUCUAUUCGAGCCUUACAUCGAGGAAAUAUUUCAACAUUUGAGAGGGGAACCGUUUAAAAAUUUCUUAGAAAGUGAUAAAUAUACGAGGUUUUGUCAAUGGAAAAAUUUAGAACUAAAUAUACAAUUGACGAUGAACGACUUUAGCGUGCAUCGUAUUAUUGGCAGAGGGGGAUUCGGUGAAGUGUACGGAUGUAGAAAAGCCGAUACCGGUAAGAUGUACGCCAUGAAAUGCCUGGACAAGAAACGCAUCAAGAUGAAGCAAGGCGAGACUCUAGCCCUCAACGAGAGGAUCAUGCUCUCACUAGUCAGUACCGGGGUGGACUGUCCUUUCAUAGUGUGUAUGACGUACGCGUUCCAUACACCAGACAAGCUCUGCUUCAUACUGGACCUGAUGAACGGUGGGGAUCUCCACUACCACCUCUCCCAGCACGGUGUAUUCAACGAGGCUGAAAUGAAAUUCUAUGCAGCUGAAGUGAUAUUAGGUCUUGAACAUAUGCACAAGCGUCACAUAGUGUACCGUGAUCUGAAGCCAGCGAAUAUCCUGUUGGACGAGCACGGUCAUGUAAGGAUAUCGGACCUGGGGCUGGCGUGUGACUUCUCCAAGAAGAAACCUCAUGCCAGCGUUGGCACACAUGGAUACAUGGCCCCUGAGGUGCUCUCCAAGGGCACCGGAUAUGAUUCGUCAGCUGAUUGGUUCAGUUUCGGCUGUAUGUUGUACAAGCUGCUCAAAGGUCAUUCACCCUUCCGCCAGCACAAGACCAAGGAUAAACACGAGAUAGACAGGAUGACACUCACUAUGGUAAAUGUGGAGCUGCCGGAAUCAUUCAGUCCUAGUUUGAAAAGUUUAUUAGAAGGUUUACUGCAGCGGGAUAUCAAUAAACGUCUCGGCUGUAAAGGAAGAGGCGCUGAUGAAGUAAAGGAGCAUGUGUUCUUCGCUGGAAUCGACUGGCAGCAGGUGUACCAUCAGAAGUAUACUCCGCCUCUCAUACCGCCGCGAGGAGAGGUGAACGCCGCAGACGCCUUCGACAUCGGCAGCUUCGACGAGGAGGACACCAAGGGCAUCAAGCUGACAGAAGCAGAUCAAGCACAGUAUAAGGACUUUCCGCUCGUUAUAUCCGAACGCUGGCAGUCCGAGGUGGCGGAGACUGUGUUCGAGACUAUCAACCAGGAGGCCGAUAAAAUGGAAAUGAAGAAGAAAUCCAAGCAGAAGCAAAAGUUUGAUGCCGACGAAAAAGAAUCAGACUGUAUUCUCCACGGCUACAUAAAGAAACUCGGUGGGCCAUUCGCCAGCGCCUGGCAGACGCGGUACGCUAAGUUGUAUCCAAAUCGUCUGGAGCUACACCUGGAAAACAGCGCCAAACCUGAGAUGAUACUCCUGGAUACAGUCGAGGAGGUGUCCUCAGAUUUCGUGUCCAUUAAAAGCGAGCAGUGCAUCGUUCUACGGACUAGGAAUGAUACUAAAAUUGUACUCACGAACACUGAUGAGAUAGGUCUUAAGGAAUGGGCGUUGUCGCUGAGAUCGGCUCACAAGUGCUCCCAAGAACUUUUGGCGUCUAUGGCAAAGAAGGCCGGCAAGAUAUAUGGGACGGACGGCGCCAAAGAAUCUAUUGCCUUAGGAAGACCGCUUCCGGCCGCCUCGCCCGCGCUCACACGAGCUCCGAACGGAAGUAACUAGCACGAGCUUCCCGCGCCUAAUAAAGGCGCGAAGAUGUUCCGCCGCUCCAAGAGCGCGGCUCAACUCAUCAAGUGAGCUGAACAAGGAACAUAUGUCACAUAUGAAGUGUUCAAACUGGUAUGAGUUCAUUUACAUGAGUAUACAUUUAAACAAAACUAUAUCGUAUCAGAUUCAAUUAGUGUCGGAUCACUAACUAAGAAUGUUCGAAAUUUAAAAUGUUAAAAUGUCCGAUACAUAUAUUAAAUCUGAUGAUAUAGUUUUUUUUUUUUAAUGUAAAUGUCCGGACCGCGUUUGGAACUACAGUGGUGUGUUAGUGUCUGGUUCAUGAUUAUAAUAGAUUCGUGCUAUUAGUAAGAGCGUACGUAUAUUGUUAGUAUGGACUAUAGAGACUAUUAGGACUGCCAAUUAUUACUAAAUAAAUGCUGUUCGCAUUAACUUUGUUGAACGAAUUAAAAGAUAUAUAGUUGCAUACAAUUUAAUGAAAUGUAUAAAAAUUUAAUUCAUUUUACAGUGACUAUAUAACGAGGAAAACAUUUUGUAAUGGUAUGCACUGAAUAAAAUUUUUGUAAUUAUUAAUGUAAUAUUCUGGAUGUUGUAUUUAACUAUGUAAAGAUUAUAUUGAUUAAAUGCAAAAAUUAGCGGAUAUAGAAAAUAACUAUUUGUCUGUGUUUGUGCAAUAGAUAAAAAUACUAAAAUUAUUAUAAGUAAUUUGAAUUAAUGCCAUUGGUGAGUAAUAAUAAAUUAAUUAAAAAUAAAAAAAAUUAGAAUGUCUCGACAUUUCUAUUCAAAAUUAAAUUAAUAUGUAUAAUUAUAGAUGCUUCAAAUUAAUAAAGUAAUUGUAAUUAGAGAUUUCUAGCACUUCUGUUCCAACAAUCUAUUGCACACAGUGUAUAUAUAUGUAUAUAUAUACACAUAUAAUUGUAUUUAUGUUUACAUCUGGCUCUCUUGUGCAAAGUAAUAAGUUUAUUAUAUAUAUAUAUAUAUAUUAUAUUAUAUUAGCUAAAUCAAAUAUGCAGUUACGUUAUUUACUAUGAGGUACUUAAAUAAUAUAUUUGUUCAUGAUAUACAGUUGAAUAUGCAAUAAGUUUGUUAUUUAUUCAAAUAGAAUCCAUUGUAAGUAGGAUUAUAAAGAAAUCUCUUCUUUAUUAUACAUAGAGGCAAUACUUUUCUAACAAUCUUAGAUGUGGUUAUAGUUGUGAAGUAUUAGUGAAGUUAAAUGAUAUUCCAUGUUUGUGAGUUUAAUUUGGCCACGGGUUUGUGGUUUUUACAGUGACAUUUGUAUGUUUUGUAACAAUGCAAUUUAUUUUUCAAGGAAUGUACCGUGUCUGAUGCAGAUUUAGUUGUUCGUUGUUGCGGGAUAAACUUUUUUAAUAUAUUCAUAUAAGGUAACUGAUGCAUUGGACUCGCUUCUUCUUUAUUUUAUUUUUUAUCUAAAAUACUAUGCUAAUUUCAUAUGUAAUUUCUUCAUUUAAAAUCUCAUACAAGUAACACUACGUGGUUAGUACUAGCGAAUACAUGUAUGAGGUGAUUGAACAGUGUGCUGGUGUAAGUGUGGAUGAUAUCCUGGAUUCGUAGUCAUAGAGAAAAAAAAAAUAGCAUAAAAAUUGACGCAAUAAAAACUUUAAUUGUACAUAAUAUAUUAAAAUAAUUUAAGGUACAUGAACAACCUAUUAGCUAGUAUGUUAGGUAAUGCGAAGCAUGUUUUUUUUUUUCGCCGGUUAUAUUUCUCAUAGUAAACGGUUACUGGUUAGUUUUUGAUCGAUAUCAAAACCAGUGAGUAGAUAGUCGUAUUACGAGCAGUAUCACAAAUCAAGUAGUUUCAAUAUGUAAAUAGUUGGACAUUCAUUUGUAUUGUAUAAUGUUGGCUGAAAUUUUAAUAUAAACAUCAUAUAAAUUUUUUUUUUCUUCUAAUUUUUAAUUAACUUAUAGAUAAUUUAAUGCAACAAUAUAUAAUUAUGUUAAUAUUUUAAUGGUAAUUUUAUGUAAGUCGAGUUUUUUUUUUUUUUGUCUUAUAUAACUAAAAUAGAGCUUAAAGUAAGGAUAUUUAUUGUAUUUAUAAGUUUUGUUUUGUACCAUUUUAUAUAAAUAACACUUCAUUUGUUUACAAACCGUAUGUUAGUUGAAUUAAUUAGAUGCUAGUCAAUUGAAUUUACAGAAUUGGACAAUUUAAUGAAUUUAUUAUGAAAAUUGUAACGGCCUUAUGGCUCGAACAGUAUUAUAGGUUAGGUUGUUUGAUGAAAUCAUUCUUGCGGAUGUGAUAAAAAAUAUAUUUUUAUUUGUUUUUUAUCAAUCACUACGAGGCUUUAACAUACUUCUAUCGUUUAAUUAACUUAUAUAUAUCGGCUUCACAAAAAUGCUUUAGAAGCAGUCGCAUAGAGUUCAAAUAUUAUUAUGUUUUAAAAAUAAAAUAACAGGCCAAAAGUGGAGUUGGAAAUUCUCAACAUUCCAAUAUGCCAAAUUAGUAUUAUAAUAUAUGGAAGUGCAUUUAACUUUUAUUUUUCUUACAUGAUAUGUCCUGAUCGCACGUUUUGAAAUAGUGAGGUCGCCUGUUCCUGGACGAGUUCAGCUAGAUCUGUAUCAGACAACAUGUUAUCAUACAUACCUCUUUUAGAUAAUAUUUUUAUUGUGGACCUACAUUAUGUGUAGUAAAUUGUUUAUUUAAUUA